UCUUAAUCAAUUAAUUAGUUAAUCAAUCUCUCUUCUGCGGCCACGCAGUCGUCUGUCGGGCGCGACUGGGUUUUCUAGGGUUACGCGACACCAUUCAAUUCAAUAGGGUUCCGGUUCCAUACUCCCGACUGUUUCGCGCUCUCUCCGUCGCGACACGACAGGAAAUUGCACAAAUAUACAUUCUUUUUUGUUCCUUCGAGGUGGACGUGGUAACUCUCUUCAUAGAGUUUCGUUUGAUGGUCUGAGCUGGAAUCUGUAGAUUUGGGUGAUAGAUCUUGAGAAGAUGGAGACGUCCUCAGAGAUUGAAGAGAAAUUGAUGGAAGCUGGAAACAAGCUUCUAAAGCCUCCCUCGUCCGUCGAGGAACUGCUCCCUUUACUGGAUGAAGCUGUGUCUUUCCUCACAAAAGUGGAACAAUCACCUGCUAAAUCCGUGCUUGCUGCACUUUCUCCCUUGAUCAAGGCACUGGUUGAAGAUGUUCUUUUGAGGCAUUCCGAUGUUGAUGUGAAGGUUGCACUCGCGUCUUGUUUAAGUGAGAUUACAAGAAUUACUGCUCCAGAUGCCCCAUACGAUGAUGAGAAGAUGAAGGCUGUCUUUGAGCUAAUAGUUUCAUCUUUUGAGAAUUUAUGCCACGAGUCAAGCAGAUCAUUUGUUAAGAGAGCCAUGGUUCUUGAGACAGUGUGCAAGGUCCGGCUAUGUGUUGUUAUGUUGGAUCUGGAGUGUGAUGAGCUUAUCUCUAGGAUGUUUCAGUACUUCCUUAAGACCAUUAGAGAAUAUCAUCCCAACAACAUCUUCUCAUCCAUGGAAUCCAUCAUGACUGUUGUUCUCGAAGAAAGUGAAGACAUUUCCAUGGAUCUGGUUACUUAUCUUUUGGCUAGUGUUAAAAACGAGAAUGAGGAGAUAAAGCCAAUUGGCAAAAGGUUGGCUGAGCGUGUAUUUACGAAUUGUGCUGACAAGCUUAAGCCUUAUGUCAGACAUGCUGUGAAAUCUCGGAGCUUAUCACUUAAUGAGUAUAGUGAAGUUGUAGCUUCCGUUAUGCAAGGGACUCCAGUUGCUAUUGAGUUUAAUAAUGAUGUGGACCCAUCGUGUGCGGAGAGCAAGUUGGCUGGUUCUGGAGGGACAGCUCAGUUAACUCAGAUGGCUGAGGACACCAAAAAAGAAGCAUUUUCUAAGGAUUACAAUCAAGUUGUGAAUACAUCUCCCAAGUCAGCUGUGGGAAGUAAUGUUAAUGGAGGGAAUAGCAUGGACACACAAUCUUUAGCAAAUAUGGAGGAUAAUGCCCCCAUGGAACAGCCUGAUAUUUCAAGCCCGACACCUAAAUCCGCCUCUGAUGAUUCACAGUUAAAAAACUCAGUGAUAUCAGAGUUGGAGAUGUCUGAGCAAGUUAGCAAGGAACAAGGAAGCAAGUCUAACUCUCAAUUGAAGUUGGAAGACUCUUCGUACCAGGAUCCUCCUCAUGUUGAUGGUGAAAAAGUGGCUGAGAUGCUUCUAAGUAGUGAAAUGUGUAAAAGAGAUGUUCCUGGUUCACCCACUGAAAAUUCAACUGACGACCAAAAAGAUAACGGUGAAGGUAUUGACACUUUUCCUGUGGAUGACACAACAGUUGAGGCGGCCAAACUUCUAGAUGAAAAUGAAACCAGUGCUUCACAUUCGUUGCCCAAAGUACCUGAGGAUGAAGCUGAGAAUGUUACUUCCUUAGACCCUAAUCAUAGUUUACCUGAUGAAAUAAAUAAGGAGACUAUUAAGCGAAAGGAUGAUGACUUGGUUCAGGAAGAUUCUUCGUUACCUGAAGUUGCAUCUAAGAAGCCAUCAGGACCAAGUGAUUCAGAUUCACAGCCAAAAGACCUUAGUACCAGGGUGCAGAAAGAGACUUCUCACAAGGAAGAAGCCGACUCCAUGAGCUGUGCAGAGGUAAAAGGCCUGAAUCAGCUAGGUGAGAAGGCUAAAGCUAAUGACAAAACAUUUGUUUCCUUGGAUAAAAAUGAUAAGCAAACUAUUCAGCAAAAGGAAGAUGCUUACUCCAUGAGCAAUGUAGAGAUGAAAGGCCUGGAACAGCGAGUUGAGAAGGCCAAAGCUAAUGAUAAAAAAGAAAUUUGCUCAGACAAGCACACCAUUCAGCCUAAGGAGGCUGGUACUGCUGAAAUUCGUUCUAGGAAGCCAUCCGAGGAAGAACCUAGCUCCAUGAGUGAUGCAGAGGUGAAAGGUCUGAAACUGCAUGGUGAGAAGUCUAAAGCUAAUAAUAAAAAAAUUGUUUCCUCAAAGAAAAAAGACAAGAGGAUCAUUCAGCCUAAGGAGGAUGAUAGCUUGUUUGAAAAAGAUUCUGUGCCUGCUAAAGUUGCAUCUCAGAAGCCAUCUGAAAAAACUAGUGAUCUCAAAUCACUUUCACAGGAACCUGGUACCAGGGUUCAAGAAGAGACUUCUCACAAGGAAGAAACUGACUCCAUGAGCGAUACAGAUGUGGAAGGCCUGAAACAACGAAUUGAGAAGGUCAAAGGUAAUAAGAAAAAGUUAGUUUCCUCAAAGAAGAAAGACAAGAAAACUCUUCAGCCAAAGGAGGAUGAUAGCUUGGCUCAGGAAGAGUCCAUGUUGGCUGAAAUUACAUCUAAGAAGGCAUCUGAAGUAGCAAGUGGUUCAGAAUCACAGCCUAAGUCUAAAGGUAAUAAGAAGAUCAUUUCCUUUAAGAAAAAAGAGAAACGUAGUACUCAGCCAAAUGAGGACGAUAGUUUGGUUCAGAAAGAGUCAGUGUCUGCUGAAAUUGCAUCUAAGAAGCUAUCUGGGCGAACAAACGAUUUAGAAUCACAGCCACAGGACCACGGUACCAACAUGCAGGUAGAAACUUCUCAUGAGGAAGGAUCUAGCUCUAUGAGUGAUGUAGAAGUGAAAGGCUCAAAACGGACAGGUGUCAAGGCUAAAGCUAACAAGAGAAAUGGUGCUCCUUCAAAGAAACGAGGGAUUCAGGAAAAUGAAGAUGAUAGUUUGGUCCAGGAUGAGUCUGUCUCCGCUGACAUUCCAUCUCAGAAGCCUUCUGAAGAAAGUAGUGAUUCAGAAUCAGAGCCACAGAACCUCGGUACUAGAACGCAGAGAGAAUCCUCACAUGAGGAAGAAGCAGUCUCCAUGAGCGAUUCGGAGGUGAAAGGGCCGAAACGGCGAGGUGUCAGGGCUAAAACAAUUAAGAUAACCAGUGUUUCCUCAAAGAAAAAUAAUAAAUCAAAAAGACGUCGACGUGGAAAGGCUAGUAUUGAGAUUGAUGCGCCAAAGUUGUCUGCCAAAGAUGAUACCGACAAGGUCGUGUUUUCCGAAGAAUCUCCCUUAAAGUCUGCUGAACACAAUGUGAAAGAGGGAAGCCAAAGGAAUAGCACAAAGAGGAAGCGCUCUUCGGGAAAAGAGAAAGUACAGGAAAGCCCAAAGAUAACAUAUGAUGAAAGCCUCGUUGGUUCCAAAGUCCAAGUCUGGUGGCCUUUGGAUAGGGAAUACUAUGAAGGACAAAUAGAUUCUUUUGAUCGUGUUAAUAAGAAGCACAAGGUUGUAUACAAUGAUGGAGAGGUAGAAGACCUCGAUCUUAAAAAAGAAAAAUGGCACAUUGUCGGUGAAAAUUUGACAGAAAAAAAGGAUUUGGAUGAGCCUUCAAGCCCUGAAGUUUCUGCUGAAAUGGAGAGGCGUAAGAAGAAAAAGAGUAGAGGGCUUGCUGAAACAUCAUCAUCCAAGCAUGACAAGUAUCAUGUUUCACCUGAGAGUAGUGUGCCCAAGUUCAAAGGUUCAUCUACAAAAUCCGGUCGUAAAUCCAAAGAUGACACCAAUGUUAAGCCCAAGCCAAAAGAUCGCACCUCAAAAUCUGUCGGCAGUAGUAAAUCUAGGGAAGUGAGCGGCCACAAGUACGACUCUGAUGAAGGGUCUGGUAAAUUGAAAGAUGUGAUCAGCAGUCCCCCGAGGUCAAAAUCGUCAAAAUCAGAUGCAUCUACCAAGACCACCACAAAACCUCAGCAAGACACCACUUCAACAACAAAAGCGACCCCCACAUCAAAAGGUAAAGCCAAUGGCACGACAGGCAAAGCAAAGUCUACUUCCAAGGGGAAAGAUAAUGAGGUGAAGGAAAAGAUGCCUACCGAGGUAAUUGGGAAAACACAAUCCAAGGAACAGGAAACUGAGAGCAAGAUUGGAAAGAAGAGAGGAGCAUCCAAGGAAGAAGAUAUGGAGAGCAAGAGUGGAAAGAGGGGAGGUGCAUUUAAGGAAGAAGUUAAUGAGAGCAGGAGUGGAAAGAAGGGGAGUGCAUCUAAGGAAGAAGAUAAUGAGAGCAAGAGUGGAAAGAAGGGGAGUGCAUCUAAGGAAGAAGCAGUUAAGAGCAAGAGCGGAAAGAAGCGGAGGAGGAAGUAGAGAAGAGCCUAUUAAUAGCGUUGCCCCAAUGUAAUCAUCUCCAGGCUGUCUCCUAGGUUCUUAGGUUGUUGGCGUGUUUCUCUUACCCUCGGAUAUAUUCUACUCUAGAAAUAAUUUGUGAAGUUUAUUUUGGAGCUGACUAGAUGUAAAACUUUUCUUUGGGGAAUCAAUAGUAUAGUAUUGUAUGAUGGUUGGUUUAGUUUUUAAUGGAGUCCUGUGGACAUCUGCAUGUCCGGAUGAUGGGGACAUGGGCUUUAUGUCGUUGUACUAUAGUUUAGAGUAGCUUGACUGGUAAUGAUGUUUUUGGGAAAUUUAGUACUUGUACCCUGAGAAUACGAAUUUGGCAAAAUUUUUAUUCAAAUAAUGCUUCAUCUCCACAUUCAAUAAGAGAAGUAACCA